GUGACCGAGCCCAGCUUUCUAACGUUAGCAAGGUGGCUAACAGGAUUUAGCUAACGUGAGCUACGUUGCAUCGCAGCGCAGAAGAAGUAAUCCCCGCCGGAGAAACGACGACUACCACGCACUCUUCGCCGUGUAACUCGCUGUAACUUUACGUUAACGCCACACUUCGAAGCGAGCACCGAGAGCACAAUGCCAGAGCCGGCUGAGAUGAGCGGUCCAGAGGUGGCCAAGACACCGGGAGGUGGUGCUCCGGGCAAGGAGGGAAAGGAGCCAGUGGCCAACGGGCAUGCAGGAGAGGGCAGCGACGCCAACCCCUUCGCUGAGUACAUGUGGAUGGAGAAUGAAGAAGAGUAUAACAGACAGGUGGAAGAGGAACUGCUGGAGCAGGAGUUCUUGGAGCGCUGCUUCCAGGAAAUGCUGGAGGAGGAGGACCAGGAUUGGUUCAUCCCUUCACGUGACCUCAACAACCAGGGGGUGGGGCAGCUGCAGCAGCAGCUCAACGGCCUGUCCGUCAGCGAUCACCAUAACAACCUGGAGGAAGUGGCGAGGAAGAGCAUCUUGAAUCCUGAAGCGAAGGAGUUCGUCCCGGGAAAGAAAUACUAGGAGUCCCCCUCACCCCCAUGGAGCCUCCAUGCGCGCUCACACACACAAAUGCACACACACACACACACACCAGUGCUCACAUAUUCUCAGAGACUCUGGCGGCCACGCCCGCACACACACUGAUUCACACACUCACUCACUCAUACACACUUGAAGUCAAUGGCGUGCUGGCAGGCCCAGUUGGGGGUGGGGGGAUUUUUUUUGGUUUCUUUCUUUUUUCUUUUUGUUUCUUUAAUCUUUUUAUUUCCUGUUUGUUUCUUGUAAACUGAGGGACAUUGGGAACAGGGGUGGGGGAGGGGUGUAAUACCAGCACCGCCCUACAGCGGGCGCUAGCUCAUUAUUGCAUUUCAGAUGACACUGUUGAUGCUUACAGAGCAGGUGGGGCUCAUUGAUUUCCCCUUGGAACCGAGGCAGCUACCAAGCAGUGAUACCAGGACAAAAAAACGUCAAUCCAAAACAUCUAAUAAACACGGGAAAUUACUGCACAUACUUGUUAAUUUGUGUGCUGUCAGAUUUGAAAAGCAUCGUCCAUAGGUUGAGGGUCGCCAUGACAGUGAGGACAGAGUACGACUAAAAUGUCAGGGGACUUGAAGGGUUUCUGCAGCUGCUCUGUUGUGUCAUCACGGUCAGUCAAAUCCGUUAACGUUUGCUCCUAUUUUGUCAUAAGCUCAUGUGACAUCACAGCUCUUGUGCGGUCCAGAAAUGCAGGUUCUUAUUUGUAUCUGCGGCGGCUCCGUUCCAAACCAAUUACAGACCCCAUCCCUCCCUGCACGCUUGUUUUGAAGUGAUCUUAACAGACAUGGACAGGUGUAAUCAUGGAUAAGAAGUUAUUUUCCCGAUUUAUGUGGAAGUCCAUGUUUAUCUUUUGUCCAGUUUAUUAGAACAGAGGUGUGAGUUUCUCAAUCAUGCGUUGAGUUGAGCAAGAAAAAAAUAUUAAGAGGGAAGGUCAGAGAUUUGUGAACCGUUAAAAAAAAGAAAAGAAGAAAAAAAAAAAAAAAAAAAACCUGAGUUCUCAUUUAGUUUUUUUUGUUCACGGCUUCAUCCUUCAGUUCUAUUUGAAUUUAUGAGGUGUUGUGAACAACCUUGUUACAGGGGAGUAUUUGGUCUGGAACACAGUCACUGCCUCUUUCUGCCAGAACAACUUGGUUUGUCCAGCAUCAGAUCGAGUGUCCAUAUCCAAAUCAGGUUUUCAAAUAGCCUCUCCUCCUCUUUUUUUUCUUCUUUUUUCUCCAUGUUUUUGAGGAUGAGGAAUUUUGUGUCUCUACUGGGUACAGUAACCUGUGGUGUCCAUUCAGGCCUGUUUGCAGGAGGAAACUUGAGGGGACAAUAUUGUCAUGGCCAAUCGGAAUAAAGCAGUAUGGAACACAUGGCA